CUUCUCCUUCUGUAACUAAAUUAAAGUUUGUUUCUUUGUUGGGAGUUUCUUUCUCUUUUGUCAUGACUAGAAUAUCUGACUUAAAGCUACAAACUUUAUAGAUGUGAUGAAACUGUGGAGGAUGACUUGGUAGAGUGAAUGUAGUUUUGGUUUCUAGAUGGUGACUUUAGUUUCAUUGGUUGUAUUUGAUGAAUAGGAUGACUAUACCUCAAACAAGAAACGUUGGGCUUCCAUUGAUGAACCUUAUCAGAUUAAAAGGAAUUCCCAUCCUGCAGCAGCUUCAUUUAGAGGAGCAACUGCUUCGAACCUCGUAUGAUAAUUGGUGCAUUAUAAAUGAUGGAACCAAUAGUCCUAAUAUUGUCAUGGGUAUUUCAGGGGUUCCGUAUUCUGCGUAGAAAGCCUGCAGAGCUUCUUGACGUUGAUCUGGUGUUACGAGAUCAGGUCCCUGUCAUUAAAAGGUUUACUGGAGGUGGCACGGUUACAGUUGAUAAUGGCACGAUAUUUGUCACUUUCAUAUGCAACAGGGAUGCUGUUCCUUGCUUGCAACUAUAUCCGCGACCUAUAAUGUCCUGGAGUAGCCAAUUAUACAGCAGAGUGUUCCAAGGAUUUGGUGACUUUCACCUUCGUGAAAAUGAUUAUGUAUUUGGUAACCGCAAGUUUGGUGGUAAUGCUCAAUCUAUUACUAAAAACCGGUGGAUCCACCACACAUCCUUUCUAUGGGACUAUGAGGUUAGGAACAUGGCAUACCUGAAGCUUCCAAAACGGGUUCCUGAAUAUCGAUUGGCAAGGGACCAUUUGGAAUUCAUAUGCCGCAUGAAAGACUACAUGCCAAGAUCAGUUUUCAUCGACAAAACCGUCGAGGCAAUCAGUACCGAAUUUUCAGUCAAAUCUGAACAAACAGACCCAUUUAAAACCAACUCAAAGUUUGUGCCCUCAACUAGACUAUUGACAAGGCAAGAGUUGGAAGAAGUAGCUUUGGGCUCUCAACCUGAGAGCCCUCUCUCUGAGAGUCUGAGUCCCUGUCCUUGUAAUGAAAUAUGAAAUUCUCUUGUCAUAAACUCAUAGCCAUUAGUGAUGCCACCCUUCAAUUUUUCAUCAAGUGUUAUCCGAUUCUUCCAAUACAAACAAUUGUUGUAUUCAUUUUGAAUAUCAAUAAAAUGCAAGUUCCUAAUGAAGACUUAA